AUGACUCCACAAAGAGCUGCAAGAGGUCGUCAAGUUAGAAGGAACGUUGAGGAACAAGGGGAACCUAAUGCAGCAAAAAUGCAACCCCAAGGAAAAAACAAGGGUGAGUACUAUGGUCAGAAUUCCAGAGUAAAACCUUUAUAUUUAGAGGGUAGUGUGUUUCAAGGGGGUAGUAAGAUUCCGGUCAUCGCCAAGUGUGGCAGAAACAAUUCUGGUGUUUUUUGUGAGGGCUCCACUAGUUGUUUCAAAUAUGACCAGACCGGGCAUUUCAUGAGAGAGUGUAUAAAGAAUAAGAAAAUAAAUGAAAGUGGGGGCAAUAGAGCCCAAUCUUCAUCGGUUUGUCCACCAAACAGGGCUGCACCAAGGGGAGACACUUUCGGUACUGGCGUGAGAACAAAUCGCUUAUAUGCCCUCAACAAUCUCCAAGAGCAUGAGAAUUCGCCAGAUGUUCUCACUGGUAUGAUUGAAGUCUUUGACAUUACUGUUUAUGCAUUGCUAGACGAAGAUCGUGUUUAA